ACUUUAGUCUGCUGUUCAAUACUGUGGCAGCUGUCGUUGCUGAAAAAUAUAGAUAAGACAAUUUAAUUAAAAAAUAAUGUGAUAGUGCUAAAAGAAUAAUGGGGUUUAAGGUCAAAUUAGUUUUAACUCUUCUAGUUUUAAGUGCAAGUGUUAAUGGACAAGAUUUAGAGGAGCAAGCAGAAAGUAUAGAUGUUAAUAAUGAAUUGGACAAUAUAGUGCCAACAGAGCCUAGUGCAGAAGAUGCAAUUACAGAAACAACUGUGUUACCCGACGUACCUCCCGUGGAGGUACUUCCUAAUGCUCUGUUGGAAACGAGGAGUGGAAUGUAUCAAAAUUUUGAUGGUACAUUAUUAGGAACGGAUUUGGAGCCCGCGGCAGCUAACAUUGAUCCAAAUGGUGAUCAGAGCGAGAGGCAACUUCUAGAUCCAGGUUCUACAGUUAUCACCGACAAUGAAUAUGCUCAUAUUGAUGGAAGGGUUCUGCCCUCGACGACAUACCAGAAUAAUGGACAGCCAUACGUGAUCACAACCGCCAGAUUGAACCAGAUCCGGUCGAACUUCAUGUACUGGUUCUACGACCAGGGCGGCACCGACAACAUUGGUGACUACCAGCGCGACAUCCAUACUUCCACUCCGCAGAUCCAUAAAAAUUUCAACUUUCAAGUACCGUUCUUUGGGUUCAGAUUUAAUUAUACAAGGGUAUCAAUGAAUGGUUAUAUCUACUUCAGUGAUCCCCCAGAUCAUUACACUUACCCACUGUCUUUCCCUAUAAAAGACUGGCCCCAUGUGAACGAUCCUUCCUUCAUUGGCAUCUUCUUUAGCAAGUGUCGCAUUGGUAACCAACGGCCUGAGGACCCCGACCAACGAAGACCUGGUGUUUACUUCAGGAUGGACAGAGAUUUACAGACCCGCACCGAUCAAUUAGGCGUAGAGAUGCGCGAACGCCUCACAUGGGAUAUCAGGCAAGGUGUUAUUGGUGCUGAGGCAUUUUUCCCCAAACACGCCAUUACAAUAACGUGGAAGAACAUGUCCUUUGCUGGUGGAAUUGACAACUCAUUAUAUUUGACAAAUACGUUCCAAAUGGUGUUAGCAACAGAUGAAGUUUUUACGUACGCUAUUUUCAACUACUUGGAGAUUAAUUGGAGCUCUCACACCGAGGCUGGUGGUGAUACCACUACAGGAGAGGGUGGUGUACCUGCUUAUAUUGGUUUCAACGCUGGUAACGGUACCCAAAAUUAUGAGUACCAACCGUAUUCUCAGGCCUCUGUGCUUAGAGAUCUAACUGGUAGAGGAUGGGCUAAUGGAUUCCCUGGCCGACACAUAUUCAGAAUCGACGAGAAAAUAUUAAUGGGUACCUGCAACAAAGAUAUCGACGGUGCCAAUCUUCCUCUAAUGUUUGCUCCCGAAAGUGGUAACAUGUUGGGUGGUACCAUAGUCAACAUCACUGGUCCUUGCUUUAAUCCAACUGAUAGGAUCACCUGCCGUUUCGAUACUGAAUCUGUUACGGGUGCUGUUGUUGAUACUAAUCGAGCUAUUUGUGUCCAGCCACGAUUCUAUCAUAACGGAUAUGCUAGGUUUGAAGUCGCCAUCAACAACGAACCUUACAAAUGGAAAGGAAAAUUCUUUGUUGAAACACCUGCAACUGCUACAGAAAAGAUCUUCUUCCCCGACGACGCUGUUCAUCAAGCUAAUCCGCCUGAGAUCAGAAUAACAUGGGACCGCUUCAACUUAACUACGAACCUUAAUGUCCAACUACAAAUCAGUUUAUGGGGAUACAAAGAAGUAACCAUCAGACCGCAAUUAGAGUAUAUCGACAUGAUUGAAGUGGGCGUAGCGAAUACUGGAGAAUAUAUUAUUAACCCACAAAACUACCGUAAUAGGGAGAACACUAUGCACAAUGAUAUGCAAUUUGGUUUCCUUCAAAUAAAUUUAACGACGCCCGAAGAGUAUAAAGGCAUUAAAAUAUCUCCUAUAUUAUGGAGUCGUCCAAUUCCACUCGGAUGGUAUUUCGCCCCACAAUGGGAAAGAUUACAUGGCAGACGUUGGGCACAGGCUUUAUGCAAUAACUGGCUUCGAACCGAUCGUUUCCUGAAAAACUUCGCAUCACAAAUUCCAGUUUGUCCAUGCACACUUGAACACGCCCUGCUGGACAAGGGUCGCUUCAUGCCUGAUCUCUCCUGCGAUAGAGAUAUCAAUCCAACUUGCCGGUACCACUGGGGUGGUAUACAUUGCGUGCGAAGUGGAGGACCGGGUGCUGAAGGCUCCGGCCAGCAAUGUUGUUAUGAUAAGAAUGGAUUCCUUAUGUUGUCAUACGAUCAAAUGUGGGGUUCACGACCUCAUAGAUCUCAUGACUUUGGGUUCACUCCUUACAACGAAGCUAACAAGGUACCUUCGUUGUCACAUUGGUUCCAUGACAUGAUACCUUUCUACCAAUGUUGUUCGUGGCAAGAAGAACAAGCUGUUGGAUGUGAAACCUUCAGAUUUGAGCGGCGUCCAUCGCAAGACUGUGUUGCUUAUCAGUCCCCUGGAGUCGCUGGUAUUUUUGGAGACCCUCAUAUCGUUACAUUCGACGACCUUCAGUAUACUUUCAACGGCAAAGGUGAAUAUGUCCUGACUAGAGUCGACCAUCCUCAGCUGAAGCUAGAUGUGCAAGGACGAUUCGAACAAGUGCCUAGGAAUGUCUACGGUCCUGUGAACGCUACCUAUCUGACUUCUGUCGUUGCGGCUUCCAACAACUCAGUACCAAUUGAGGUUCGCUUACGUCCUCAACAUGCUCAAUGGAGAUACAGACUUGACGUCUUCGCUGACAACAAGCGCGUAUACUUUGACAGAUCAGCUCUUAGAGUGCAAUACUUCCCAGGUGUAACCGUGUACCAGCCUAUGUACAUCUUAAAUCAAUCGGAAAUCGUAAUUAUGUUCUCGUCGGGAGCUGGAGUUGAAGUAGUUGAAAACAAAGGUUAUAUGUCCGCCAGGGUCUACCUACCUUGGACAUACAUGAAUCAAACGCGAGGUUUAUUCGGCAAUUGGUCUCUGGACAUCAACGAUGACUUCACUAGGCCAGAUGGAACAAGAGUCGCCGUCGAUUUGAACAAUUUCCAAUCUGCACACAGAGAGUUUGCGCAAUACUGGCAACUGUCAGACCGAGAGCAAAAGGACAUAGGCGUGGCGUUAUUCACGAGGGAGUACGGUCGAACAGCUGCCUAUUACAACGAUAACCAGUUCAUACCCAACUUUAUAAGGGAACCCGCCGAUUUCCUACCAGCGAACAGAUCCCACGACGUCAACAGGGCUAUAGAACUCUGCCAGGACUCGUAUCAAUGCCGGUACGACUAUGGCAUGACACUCAACAGGGACAUGGCACAGUUCACGAAGAACUACCUAUCAUCCAUUACAAAUAUAAAGGAGACGAACGCCCGUCGUGUGAUCAGCUGCGGUAUCCUAGAGACGCCGAGAUUUGGUCGAAAGAGUAAUUUCUUCUUCACUCCUGGAAAUACAGUGAACUUCGAGUGUAAUCAAGACUUUAUUUUGAUUGGCGAUAAACGACGCAUUUGCGAAGAUAACGGCCGGUGGAAUCUGCCCGAUUAUGGAUACACAGAGUGUCUACGUCAACAAGAAUACUCACAGCGCACGCUGUUUAUGACUUGGGGCGUCAUACUGGCAGUUAUUCUACCAUUAGGGCUCUUGAUCUGCCUCCUUUGGUUCUGGUGCUUUUACACGCCGAGAUCUAAAGGGAAAAAGGCUUUCAGUAUCAACGAAUAUACGCGAUCCAAAUCAUCUUCGAGACUUAAUCUAAGAUCUACAUCAAUGGGAAAUGUAACAGAUCCUAUGAAUACUUCAACAUUACGUACCGAUUCUGAUAUUAAACCGAAAUUGCCCGUUACUCCCACUGAAGAACAGCCAAUAAAUAAAUCGUUUAUUACUAGGUCUGCUCCAGCGCCACCUCAGGACGCUGUAGCAGACGGUGACAGUUCCGGAUUAGGUUAUACAGACUCUAAUAAAAGUGACUCCGGUAAAUCAUCGCUGUCCAAAAAACGUAGGGCAUACGAUAAAACUUACCGAACCAACGAACCCUUACCAAACGCCCCGAAUAGUGAAUUCCCUGAGAAAAACUGGGAUUUAUCUGAGGAAGAUCUACUUUCAUUAACCACUUCCCCUUCGGACACGGAAUCUAACCGUGAAUCUACUUUGACUCGUCCAGCGAAAGAUAUUGAAUACGUCAGCAAACCCCGUCAAACUGGUCGGCACGCUCUUGCCAGUGACUCUGGUUACUCAACCAAAGGGUCGGAGAAUCCUUAUAAAUAUGAAGGACAAUAUAGUCCAGUGCCGUCUCAGUACUCGCCAACUUAUUCCGAUAUUUAUUCGCCCCCGCUGAGUCCUACAUCUGAUUUAAGUCCGGGUAAUACAUACAAUAACCCAGGGUUACCUGAACCACCGAAAAGUGCUCCUAUUGAUACAAUAAAAACUUUCACUCUCCCACCUCAACGGGGCAAGCAGGAGUAUUCAUCGCGUACCCUUGGCGCGACAUGGGGCAUCAUCAGCGCUGUUAUGUUACCUAUUGUCGUGGUACUCAUCUGCCUUGGUUGGAGAUUACUCAAACGGUGGAAGAAAAACGAUGAUUCCGAAGAAGAAUAUGUCAUCAAGAAACCUUACAUUGACGAGUCGAUGCAUGUAAACUCUGAUGAUGAGAGUAUACCAUAUAAGAAGGAUACAACGGAAGACAGUCCAGAACCCAGUGAACCGUUGAGAGUCAUAGACAAUCCUGGAGAUAUAGGAAUACCGGUAUAUGACCAACAACAACAAUUUUAUACGCCUCCGCAAACUACGGAGCAUACGCGCGAUGGACAGUGGUCGGGAGAAACUGAAAUAAAUUAGGAUAAGCUAUAGAUAAUUAUUUUUACACUUAUAAAAGUAAUUUUAUAACUUUGUAAGGAUUUAAUGUUUUUAAAUGAACAUCCGAAUUUGUAACAAGUACUUAUUUGCUUAAUAAAUUUUUAUUAUAUACCAGUAAAUGUUUUUGACAAAUAUUAUGCAGGAUAAAAAUGAAUAAAUAUUCAAAUAAUGAUACAAUGAAAAACAUUACCAAUUAUGUUAAUGUGCUAAUUAUUUAAAAAAAAUAUAAAAUAAUUUAAAAUUAGAUUUUAAUUUUCAUAAAAAAAUGUAUUUUUGAUUAUAAUGAAACCCACCACAGCGAGUACCUUCUAUUCUUUUAAUUAAUAUUAUUCAUAAAAUAGACAGGUAUAAAAAAAACAAAUCUAACAUAUUGUUUCAAAAUAUCUUUAUUCUUUAUAUGUAUAUCGCGAAAGGUAUUUUGCGUUAUGCAAUACUAGCUAAUAUAUACCUAUUAACUACCUUUAUCAAUAAAUAAGCUAUUUAAUUAUUUAGUAGUGUGUAAACAUUUUUUAUAAGUGGCUUGACAUUUUUAGUAGUUGUUUAGUGCCUAUAGUAUAGGAGUCAUUCUUAUAGUAAGUUAUGAUGGUAAAUAUUUAUUUACGUAACAUUUUUUGUACACAAAAUAUUAUGAAAUAUAUUUUAGGUUUAUAACUCUAAAAUAAUAUCCAUCUACCUACCUUGAAAUAAUAAUUAACUGAACAUUGUCAUCGGGUAUUUUUUUUCUACUAAUUUUUAAAUUGAUUUGUUAAUUUUCAUUUAAAGAAAAUUAAAUACAUACCCACUAAAA